CGGUCUGAACAAUAUGAAUGGCAACUUGUAUUGUUUGACGUCUUCCCAAGACAGUAGCGACUUUGUGGUUUCCAACUCCGGGAAAGUCCUCUAAUAGUUUUCUUUCAUCGUUUAGCCUUUAAAUUUCAGCGACAAAGUUUGCCGGUAGUAAUAUCAGCACAUGAAGAGGAUUUAGAAAAAGAAUAAAUUGGUUAACAUUGCGUCAAACGAAGCUAACUGUUGAGCAAUAGUGUUGGUUUGUGACCGGAGAGUCAGGUCUCCACCUGGGCUGGAGAUGGGGGAUCCGGAGCCUCCAGAGUUUGGGUCCCUGGAGGAAGAGCUGGAGUACUGGAAGGAACAGGCUGCCGGGCACCAACAGAGUGCAGAGGAAGCCCAGGAGGAACUGCAGGAGUUUCAGCAGAUGAGUCGGGACUAUGAAGUGGAGCUGGAGACGGAGCUGAAACAAUGUGAGGCGCGAAACCGCGAGCUUCUUGCUGCCAACAACCGCCUCCGCAUGGAACUGGAAAACUACAAGGAGAAGUAUGAGACGCAGCACUCCGAAGCCUACCGGCAGAUCUCCAGCCUGGAGGGAGACCUGGCUGAGACCACGGCCAUCAGAGACCAGCUUCACAAAUACAUCAGAGAGCUGGAGCAGGCCAACGAUGACCUGGAGAGGACCAAGAGGGCGACCAUCAUGUCACUUGAGGACUUUGAGCAGAGGAUGAACCAGGUUAUAGAGAGGAACGCCUUCCUGGAGAGCGAGCUGGACGAGAAGGAGAAUCUCUUGGAGUCCGUCCAGAGGCUGAAGGACGAGGCCAGAGACCUGAGACAGGAGCUUGCGGUGCAGCAGAAACAGCAGGUACAGGACAGGAAGCCGUCCCUCAGCAGUGCAGUCAGAGAGCCUUCCUCCUCCUCAUCCUCGGCUGGUUUGCCCACCCCGCCCCUCACCCCCCCAGACAAAAGAACUGAGGACAAAACCACGUCCUCGUCCUCUAACCAGCCCCUCCCCUCUGCCACCACACCAAGCAGACCUCCGGCCUCAGCAGAGUCCUUCACCACCCCACCGCCCUCCAUCAGCAGAGGUGAAAGCCUCUCAGGGACUCCUCUCACCAUGUCAGCCAGAAUCUCGGCUCUGAACAUUGUUGGAGAGCUGCUGAGAAAAGUCGGGAACCUGGAGUCCAAGCUGGCGUCGUGUCGGGAAUACGUCCACGAGCAGACAGCGAACCGCAGAGGCCACGCUGGUGGACAGGGGGCGGCGUCGGGCCAGAACAGCUCCUCAGAGACCCAUCCUACUAAUGGCCUCUACAACAAGGGGCUGGUGAAGAGGUUAGACUUCGGAGCGGGGUCCAAGCUGCUGCUGUGAAAGUGAAAACGUCCUCCACCUCGAUCCUUAAUCCUCCUCUGAGCUGCUCGUUGCUUCCUGUCCAUCCAUCCUGGACCUCCCAAACAUUUAACGGUACUGCGUGUUGCACAUCCUACGGACCACUCUCAUUGGGAGCUACAGUGAUGAAAUAGAUGGAUACGUUGCUACGGAUACUUUGGGAUGUCUGUUACCAGCUGAAGUCUGCCUAGUCAGAGUUUUUGUUUGUUUAUUAGCACGAUGUCUUUUCAGCACUUAUCUUGAACUAACUUACCGGACUUGUGCUGCAUGUCACCACCUCACCUCCUUUGUUUUCUGUUACUAAGUGUUUUGAUCUUUUUUUGCUCAAAAGGUGUGUUAAGACUGAACAAGAAGCAAAUUUUAGAUACUUAGGGGAAAAACAUACGCGGUUAACCUAAAGCUGUAUUACUUCAGUGCAUGGCAGGGUCUCCCACACUGUACUAUAGCGGAGGAUGAAUUUCCAGAAGCAAACCCUGCAAUGUACAGAGACAGCAGGAGCGAAUAAAAUCUGAAGGAGAUUUAAUAUUUAUUUUACACUUAGCCACAUAUAUGCAUCAGCGUUGGUCAGAUCACAAAUGUGAUUCGAUUCGUCUUGGGUUUCCCGGCUACAUGCUAAUCAGGAUCGGCUGUACUCCAGUCCAGAAGGUGGUGGUAAUGCACCUGAAGCUGUUUGGUAACUUCCCAAAACACCAGAAUAUUAACUUGUGCACUUUAGCGGUUUAGUUACAACAAUUAACAGAUAGCAAUAACAGCCAGCUAACUAACACAAACACAUGAAUGAAUCGUAUCUAUGAACUAUGAGGGAGACAAAAGUUUUAUCUUCCUCAUGGGCUCCCGAGGUGGAUUUCAGUCCGUCUUGAAUGCUUCAUGGAUACAUUUACAAUUUGCAUUUUUGAUAUCGGAUCACUAUCCGAUCUGUCCAAGACGCAUGAAGUGACUAAGUGUAAAUGGGGUCAAUCAGUGUGAAGGAAAACAAGAGAAACAACCAGAGUUCCUGUUUAGUUUUGACAUCGGUCUGAGCUGUAGCAGACGUGCAUAUACGUAAAAAUAGUACCUUUUGUCCAGCUACAACAAACGUCUGUACUGUCACGUUCAUCGAUCGUUAAACACAGCCUGCUAAAACACUUGAGUGCUCAAACCUGCUCCAUUAAACCAAAGUGAAAAUUUGCUUUAUGUUUAGUUUGAAACACACCUUAAGGGCGUCGAAGUGCUGAACGCUGGAGGGGCACUUUUAUCUACACGAGAGGAGACGGAGAUGGUUUUUGAGACUGUCUUAAAAUGCUACUUUUAAAUCGUUAGGGCAACCCAGUCAGUCUUGUCCUUUGUCCUCAUAAAACCACAUUGUCAAUUGAUGGUCUGCUUUUAUAUAAUAUCUCUUUGCAGUUGUAUUUGUUGAAUGGCAAAAAAGCGAGAAAAUAAUCUGCUGCUGCUGAAACUCCAACAACAAAGUGCCACUAAUCCCAGAGAGAAUGAAAAUAAUAGUAGAUUUAAACACACAUUGUAGUUCUGAUAUUUUUAGUAGUUUUAGAUUAUUACAGAUACAUUAGUUGCCUAACGAUAGACUGCAGAAAAACAUGGACUUCAGAAAACUAGUACAGUCAAAGGGAACAGAGCCUGGGUGGAGCUGACCUGGGAUGAGCAACCAGCAAACACCAUGGCUGAAUGUGAUAGGCCGAGACUCCUGUCAAUCAAACAAAAACCCUUUCAAAAACACCCUUCUGUAAGCCUUAAGGUUUUAAUGAACAGUGUUUUUUAAAUCGCUAUGACACAGUCUUUAGAAAAAGUGAAAUUACUUAUUAAAAGCAAAAUUACUUUGCCUUUCAAAUGAGAACUUUUUGAAUGCAGUGCUUUCCAACAUCUAGUGGCCAUCAGAGGUCCUGCCUCUUAAAGCUGCCUUAAUUAAUAUGUUGUUGUGUAAAUAAUGAAUGAAAUGUGAGAGGAGUCGCUUGUAGUAAAGAAGAGAUUUAUCAGCAUCACCAUCUCUGCAACUCUUGUAGCUUUUUAGCCUCAUUUAACUCCUAGUUUUGGUUGUGCGGCUCAUUCGCUGUAAGAUUCCCUCUGAGCUCUCUUCCCUGUGUGAGAUCAGAGUCAGAGGAAGCAUCACUUCUAUAUUGUUGAACUCCUCGUGAACCUGUGAAUGUCCAAACUAAAACUUCUUCUUAGCUUGUUCCCCGUUUGCAGUGAGGUCGUCAUUAGGGGCGUCCCGAUCCUGGCCCUGAUCCUGAUCCGAGUCCUUCAAUAUUUGGUAUCUGCGGAAACAGAGUCCGAUCCGAAAUGACACAGCUGCCCAGUGAGCACUCAAGCUACAACCUGAAAAUGAGAUAAGAUGGAACUUAAGUCCGUUCUGUCUCAGUAUACAUAAUUAAAAAUAAUUUUAGACAUAGCAGCAUAAGAUAUGUAAUGUUGAUUAAAUAUGUAUCUGGCACAUGGAAAUAGCAGCUUUAGCUCACCUUAUGUUUCCCAAGCUUUGUGAUCCAGAUACUUGAGAUCCUGGAUCAGAACUAUUAAGUUGAUAACCUUCGAUUAUUAAUCUGAUAUGAGUGACAGUUUAACGGACAGAAUUUACUGACUCAAUCAGACAGUACAGUACAGUAAAGAAAGGCUUUGCAUUGGAUGGGGUUUAUUUGAGCCAAUACGGAUCGAUUUAAAAUACGCCCGGAUCGGCCCCGGGACUUCCCUAGUUGUCAUGUUGGUCAGUUAACCUUUGAACACUUCAUCAGGCCGAACACUAGAAGUAUCUAAAUCUAAUGGGCAGAUGCCAUGAAAUGUACUGAAUAUGACCCCAUGACUUUUCCUUUAGCACCACCCUCAGGACAAACUUUACACUUCUAGCUCCGCUAUUGGUAAGGCUCUAGGAAUAGAAAAUCAUCAAUGAAUCAUUGAUGAAGUUUGAGCCUUAUACCUUUUUUAGUCUCGUUCCAGUAUUGCACCAUCGAGUAGAGGAGGCACCUUUUCAGACUGUGGAGACGCUCUUUAAAACAAAUGAAUCCCUCUGCAGCGUUCUACUUCUGUCUUUCCAGGAGUGAAAUAGGAAACAUCUUCUGUUAGUGAGGAGAUAUGAAUACUUCAGUGAAGGCUACUUGUGUUUUAUGUUAAAAAGAAAAAGUAUGUAAUAGGUUGACUUGUAGUGUUAUAUACUGUACCUCUACUGUAUUGUCACUAACAUAGGUUAAAUCUGUAGGUUGUAGUCUGUAGGCAGGAUUGACUUACAGCUAGCUGCUCAGGGCGAGUGUGAAACAGCAGCAGAAGACCGGACCUUUCCUGUAGAGGUCAAAGGUCAGUGUGUGAAAGCAGAUGUGGAAAAUGAGGUUUGGUGGGGUUUUUUGCCUUUAUAUGACUACUUUGUAUGCGAGUAUUUACAUACUCGCAUACAAAGUGCUAAGACCUGUUGUGCUCUUUGUUUACCUUCAGUGCUGCUUAUAAUGUUCCUGAAAAAGCAAUAAAACUUGAAAUGUGAAAAAAAAAA